UUUUAGCAAUACCUCGACAACUAAACAAUCUUUAUUCAAAAGAUACUGUGAACUCGUACCAUGAAGAAAUGAGAAUGGUACUCUGUUGAAGAAAGCAGCACAUAUCAAUCUAUGGCGAUGAGGGGAAGAAUAUUUCUCAUCCUUCUAAGUUUUUCAUUGUUCAUGCUCUUCCUGAAGCCGUCUUAUUCCAAGACAAUAUAUAAAUUACAACAAGGUCAACAGCUCAAAGAUGGGGAUGAACUGGCUUCAGCUUCUAGGAAAUUCAGAUUAGGAUUCUUUAGCCCUCUCAUGUCGAAAAUUCGAUAUUUAGGAAUAUGGUACUUUUCACCAAUUGGGAAGGAUGAUUUUUACUACCACAAAGCUGAUGGUUACUACCAAAGAAGCAAGCCUGUUUGGGUUGCUAACCGGGGCACCCCAAUCUUUGAUAAAUCUGGGAGACUUGCCAUAGAUAGCGCUGAUGGAAACUUGAAAAUUUUCAGCAAUGGCCGAAAUCCUGUUGCAGUAAGUUCCAUUCAAGGGCUGAGAAAUACAAGUGUUAUUCUACUGGAAUCCGGCAACUUUAUCCUCCAUGAAAGGAAUUCGGACGGAUCGAUAAGGCAAGUCCUCUGGCAAAGCUUUGAUUUCCAGACUGAUACACUUCUUCCUGGAAUGAAACUAGGAUUCAACUUGCAAACAAGGCAUGAAUGGUUUCUCCAAUCUUGGAUGGAUAUCAACUCUCCGGCUCCAGGGCCAUUUACUCUCCGAAUGGACCCGAAUGUCACAAACCGGUUGAUCAGCUGCAGGCAAACCAAUGAAGUCUACUGGACGAGUGAGCCCUGGCUAAAUAAUCAAUUCAAUUUCUCAGGUUCACGGGCGCUCAACAAGUACUAUAACUUCAGCUUCACGUCAAAUGAACGAGAAAACUUCUUCACUCAUUCAGCUGGUCAAGAUGCAAUGCAAAUCUUGAGAAUCAACCCAGAUGGUGAACUAACAAACGGCAGAGGGUUAUUUGUUUCUUAUACUAACUAUGGCGGAUGUCGGAAAGAGAAGCAGCGGGAAGGAAAAAAAUUGAAGAAGCCAAUAUGGUUGAUAAUUGCAAUAUUAGGAUCUCUAGCUGUUUUACUGCUGAUUAUUUUGGGUGUUUUCAGCUAUAAAUUGCGGAGAAAGGACAAGGGAAUAGAAAAGGAGCGGAUAGUUUCAUUUAUUUUUGCUUUGGGAGUGGCUUUAGUGCUGCCUUUUUUGUGCUACUUGUGGUACCUGAUGGUAAAAAAAAUCAAGGCAAGAGUGCAAAGUGUAAAUAACCGAAAGAAACUCUUACAAGAGCUAGCAAGUACUCUACCACACGCCUCUGAAUUUGGCAGACGAGGACGAAAAAGGAAGAAGGGCAUAGGCAGUUGUUUGAAGAUAUUUGAUUUUCAUACCAUUGAAGUUGCUACAAACAAUUUCUCUACUGAAAAUAAGCUUGGAGAGGGCGGUUUUGGCCCGGUUUAUAAGGGAAAAUUAGUGGAUGGUCAAGAAAUUGCAGUGAAGAGACUCUCAAGAAAAACAGAACAAGGAAUAAAGGAGUUCAAGAAUGAAGUUAAACUCAUUGCAAAGCUCCAGCAUACUAAUCUAGUGAAGCUUUUAGGAUGUUCUCUUCAUGAAGAAGAAAGAAUUUUAGUUUAUGAACUUAUGAUUAACAAAAGCCUGGACUUCUUUAUUUUUGAUUCUGAUAGAGCAAAACAAGUAAAUUGGAAGACACGUUUUAGCAUAAUCCAAGGGAUCGCACAAGGACUUCUUUAUCUUCAUAAAUAUUCGAGAUUAAAAGUUAUUCAUAGAGACUUAAAAGCCAACAACAUUUUGCUUGAUGAGCAGAUGAAUCCGAAAAUAUCUGAUUUUGGGAUGGCUAAAAUUUUCCAGAUGAAUGAACCAGAAUCAAACACAAACAGAAUAGUGGGAACACAUGGUUAUAUGUCUCCGGAGUAUCUCAUGAAUGGUAUUGUCUCGAUAAAACAUGAUGUUUACAGCUUUGGAGUCUUACUUCUGGAAAUUGUUAGCAGUAAGAAGAAUAAUGGUAUAUAUGAUCUAGAGCGUCCACUCAACCUUGUAGGUUAUGCCUGGCAGCUGUGGAAUGAGGGUAAAGCUUCACAGCUAAUUGACUCGGAAAUACUUGACGGACCGAGCUCUCCUGGUGAAAUCCUGAGAUGCAUUCAUGUCGGUCUUUUGUGUGUACAAGACCAAGCAAUAGAUAGACCCACAAUGAGCAAAGUUGUUUCCAUGCUUACAUAUGAAGCCAAGCCCUUUCCUGCCCCAAAACAACCAGCAUUUUUUAUCAAUGGUAGUUCUGCAGUACCUGAAGUUCCUGAGAGGUCGUCAAAAACUUUUUCCGUAAAUGAGGUCACAAUGUCAGUUAUGGAACCAAGAUCAUAGCUGUUGUAUAAUUAAUUAGCACAUCCUUGUAUAAAUAAAGUAAGACGUGUAUGUAUGGGUAAUGAAUUGUGGGUGCUCUGUUA